AAUACAUUAAUAGGGAGACAAAUCCAGGUUGUAUUACAAGGAAGAGUUACUUCCCUUCCUGUGUCAGAGAUCUGGUGGAAUAUACGACAGCUGAUAGAAGGUCGCCAAAAUGUUUCUGUAAAUGGGACUGGAUACCACAUUAUGGUACAUCCUGUUACAUACCAACAGUUUACAAAUAUGUAUAUAUCAUUAACUGUAGAUGGAUUUGAUGCUGACAGUUUGAUACAAGACCAUCCACUUAAUGGAAGAGAAGACAUUAGACAUGCUGUCAUAGAAGUGGCCAAAUCAUACAUUAGACCCCAAAUUGUUAAAAGUAUUGGAGACUUCAAAUUUAUUAUGGAUGAAGUGACAUUUUCUGUGGACAGUAGCUAUGACAACAGUAUCGAUCUUAGGUCAGAGUAUGAUAUUUUACAGAAGGCUGUCACAAAUGGCAAGGUCAAUGUCACAGUCAAUGAGCAGACAUAUGAUGUCAAAUAUAUUUUCUUUAUUGGCAGUUUUGAUCAUCUAUGUCCAAGGAGCUGUGAUGAAGGAACACGGAGUACUUGUAGCAUUAUUCCAGGUUGUGAUUGGUCAAAUACAGGACAGUGUUUAUCUGACGUAGUUUUUCCAGAAAGGAAGACUGUCAAUGUUGUUUUCCCGUGUAUAGACAUCAGAAAGCUGACAGAUCCAGAGAAGAACCAUUUAUUGUCCAAAGCUACAAAAUACAUCACCAAAUACUUAAAAACAAAGACACCAUCAACUGUUGUUACUUCUGUUCAAUAUCCAAAGGAUAGUCCUAACCAUAUUGUCAUUACUCUACAAGCCACUUCUAGAUCUCCACCAUUAUCUGUUUUGUACAAGGACACUGAACAGUGGCUGAAGGACAAGACGUUAGAUCUAUCAUUUAACAAUUACACUCUAUUAGGAAGAUCAAGCAAUGAUUUUACAAGUAUUUCAGUAGCACUGGAAUUUUCAAACAUCAAUUUCACAGAAUUAUCAAUACAUAAAAGAAUGGAUUGGAUAAAAGAAAUAUCAAGUAGAUUAAAGUUAAUCCUAAGUGAUGGAGUUAGUGUAGACAAUGAAUGGUUGACUUUGAAUUACAGUAUUUUUGAUAUUAGAAGAAGCAACAACAUAUCAUACCACAUUGAUUUGGAUAAAGUUUUAGAGAAAAUACAGACAUUUAUAAACCUUGGUGGAUUAUCAUUUCAUUCACAGAGCAAUCCAAUAACACCACAUAAUGUUCUUAUGAAUGGCAAUAUAGACUGUAACAUUUGUAAUCUAACAGCUCAGAUUUGUAAAAUGGAAAGAAAAUGUUUCUGGCAGGGAAAAUGGGAUGUUAAAUUUUGUAAUGCUGUAAAAAAUCCUGAUAAAUUUACUUAUGAAGUACUUCUGCCGUGUAAUCAGACUCAGACAUUGACUGUGGAUGAAAAGAAAGACUCAGAGAAAAUAUUGUAUAACAAGGUUCUACAGUUACUGCAUCCUGCUGGACAGGACAUUAUUAAUUCUGUUCAUAUUCAACAGAAAGGAGUUACCAUUAAACUACAGACCAGUCCAUUAUAUCCACACCUAGAAAGAUAUGCUGAGACCUUACAACAACAAGUGGACUUCAGAACAGGAUUUAACUUUGGUCCACAAAAUAAAACAACAGUUUUAGUACCAAGGCAUGCUGAAGACUUUACAAAUGUUGAAAUAACACUUGAUUUUGGAAGUAUAGAUUUUGAUGCCAUAGUGAACAGCGGACUAGCUAGUUAUUCACAGAUAUCAUCAUUGUUAAAUAGGAAGAUCAGUUUUUUCAUGUUGGGAGAAAUAGUUCAGACUUACCAAAUUAGGACAAUAGAAAAGGAUUAUAUUAGGUUCAGCUUAAAGAAAAGCUAUGACAGCCAUAUUGAAUUGACAGGGGAGAUAACAAAACUAAAGACUAUGGUUGAUGGUGGUGUUUUUGAUAUAGAUAUCAAUUACAUCAGGCCUGUCACAGCCACAUGGAUGUCUGUGCAGGGAACAUUUGAUGAAUUGUGUGACAAUUUAGCAGGUCAGAGUACAGGACCAGUAAUUAACACUUUGCCUACAGUAGCUUCCAAUGUAUCAAUACCUCAGAUACCAAUAGCCAUGAUUCCUGUGCCAUCUAUAUUGGUUUUAUAUAAUAAGUCUACUGCUAGUAUACCUAGUCUACAAACAGUUAUAGAUACUAUGUAUGUUGAUGUCUGUUUUAUUGAGACAAAGAAAAGUCCUGUUACUAUGGAGUCUUUUUCAUGGAACACAUGCUCCUUCAAUACUCCAGUGAAAGAUAACACAAUAAAAACUGAAAGAUCAAAUCCUGACCAUAUUGGACCAGUCCAGUGGACUAUUAUUGGAGUAGGAGGGAUAUUUAUUCUAGCAUUAGCUCUUUGGGCAAUCCAAGGAAUUCAUGAAAUGUCAAAGAAGAACAAGUCACAAGAAUCAGCCCCCAAGAACUGUAGUAUUGAAGAUACAGAAUGAGAUAUUAAAUCAUAAACUGUAUUUGAAAUGACUGAUUUUUAGCUCAUUUGGCUUUAAGGACAGCUGUAAACUUUUCUCAUCAUUUUGCAUCCUUUCUCCAUAAAAUGUUUAGUGGCAUGAACUUUAUAUCAAUAUUUUCUUCUAUACACACUGAAACAAUUAGAAUCAAACUAAGCAACAAUUAUCCCAAUAGUGUGUAGGAUCAAUUAUUUUUCAGUGCUGCAGACAACCAGCCAAUGGGGUUUCCUCUUCUUUAAAUCGUGUAAAGGGCUGAAGCAGAUAAAGCCUUAUUUAAUACGUCAAUACAUUAUAUAUGGACCUGUUCAGAUUAUAUUGACCAAGGAUGAAGUCCAUACAUAAUGUACUGACUGAGUGAAAGUCCUUAAUUUAUAUAUAUAAUAAUGUAAAUAGUGUAUUAUGGAAAUGGACUUCAAUGUUCUUUUUGUGUAUUUUACAAUGUUUUUUGCAAUAUUUUUAAUAUAUUGACUGUCAUUAUAUAUAUAUGAAUAGAAACAUAGUGUCCAUAUACUUAAAUACCCUUUUAAUCACAUGAUUGUAAUAACCAUUGAAAAAAGAAGAAUGCCACACCAUAUGUAAUAUCUUGUUAUAUCUAUAUAGAAAUAAAGAGAUAUGGUAUUAUUUCCAAUGAGACAAUUACCCAUCAAAGACCCAAAAAACACAUAGGUGUACCUAGGCCUGUUAAUAUAAAGUUUUGUUUUGACCCAAAGGGUCAGUUUUGGCUAUGCUGAUGACCUGGGAUCUAUUAUCUAUUGACUGCUGUAAAAUAAUUAAACAAAACAUCUUUUCCUCUACAUCUUAACUAUUAUACUGACAUGACAGUUUUCUUCUCCAUUGUCAUAUUAUCUUCUUGCAAAAUUGUGCUAGCAUAGCAAACGACCAUUAGUGUCUUGAGACAGUUUUGUUUCUUUAGACAUACCUUAAAAGACGUAAAUAACAUUGCAAAGAUAUGUCUUAUUAUUACACAAAUGUGUUUAAAGAUGUCCCAAGACUCUGGUGAUCAUCCACUAUAAUUAAUUGUGUAAUACAAAUAGAGAAAAGUUUUGUUUGUGCAUCAGGGGUUGAUAGAAGGAUUUUUACCAAAGUCUUAAGUCCUUUGAGCCUCUAGAUUCUUUCU